AUGGCGAGUCUUUCGGAUGUUGGUGUUAUGAGUGAAUCGGAUACCGGCCAGGACCCCCAAACUCAAACCUUACGUUACUACCCUCCGAUCCGGAGGUACAUAACGCAAAUAGCAAUAGGCCAGCAUCAGCCUCAGAAGCCGGUCGACCAUGUCUGGCAGAAUAUCCUGCAGCAUUACUUCCGGACCUCUCAUUACACUGUAGAGAGAGUAAGGCUGAUUGUGUCUGUGGUCAAUUCUAGGAACAAACAAUGGCUUCACGAGGUCAUUGUAGUCGAAGCCAAGAAGCCCACAGGAAGGGCCCCGACCGAGCAUAAGUGGAAUGGAGUCCGGCAACAGCUCCAAAAAGACAACAUGUUAGCCUUCAGAAACAGGCUAGGCAACGUGCAGACCAUGUACGGAGUUGCAGCAGUUGGGUUUCGUGCUCGAUUUUACGUCUUUUUAUUCAUGAAUCAGAAUGCUCUGGUUUCAGAUACCGAGGACGGAAUUCUUGCUAACGACGAGGUGGUGUUGGAUCUGUGCGAUGAUGAGCAGAAUAUCCAUCUCUUGCUGGAAGCGAAGUUGGCGAGGAUUAACAACCGUCAGAAUAACAACUGA